AUGUGGCAGAGUACUCAUUAUGGAACAAAUAAUUUACUCUGGGAAAUUUUAUUGCGAGUGAUCCUCCUAGGUUUGGUGUGCAUAAGUCAGAUAAAAUCUCGCCCAUAUAUUCGUCACAUUUCUGAAACUGAAUUACUGAACGAGUACAGGCGUCCUCGGCUCGACUCUUACGUGCCAGCAUGGGCCACAGUUCUACUAAUAGUUUUCGUGCCUCUAGUGUGCAUCUGUACACGAUACAUGACAACCAGAGACUACGUGGACACCGCGCAAUCGUUGCUCGCCUGGACACUUGCACUUACAAUAAACGCAGUAAUCACAGAGUCUGUUAAACUGAUUAUUGGGCGACCGCGGCCCGACUUCUUUUGGCGUUGUUUUCCAGAUGGGCAGGUAAUGCCCGGUCUCCGGUGCACAGGCAAUCCGCGCGAUAUUAUUGAAGGCAGGAAGUCUUUUCCGAGUGGACACAGCAGUUUUUCGUUUUGCUCGUUGAGCUUUUUAAGUUUGUGGUUGUGUGGGAAGCUCGGUGUACUAUCACGAAGGCGUGGAAGGAGCUGCGGUCUUGUUAUUUGCCUGGUGCCACUGAUGAUAGCCAGUGUGGUGGCUCUGAGCCGUUACUGCGACAACCAUCACCAUUGGGAGGAUGUCUUCGUGGGAUCAUUGUUAGGCGUUGCUUGCUCAUACUUCUGCUACCAACAAUAUUAUCAUCCGUUAGAGUCGGAGUGGUCGGGCGAACCCUACGUGCUGAUGGAUAAUGAAUUGUUUACUACUACCUACGAUAGCAAUGACUCCACGCAUCACGUGCAGUGUUGCACAAAAGACAUAGAUAAUGUUUAUCUAAUGCUACAAUUAAGAAAUAAAAAGAAAAUGUUAGACAUCAAUAAAUCAUUCAGCUGA